AUAAACUGUGUGACUUUCCCCCAUCCUGACAUAAUGCCAGAGCAGCAGUUGCUGAAACCUUCGGAGUGGAGCUACUGUGAUUAUUUCUGGGCUGAUAAGAAGGAUUCGCAAGGGAACAAUACAGUGUCGGGAUUUGAAAUUCUUCUUCAAAAGCAACUUAAAGGGAAACAAAUGCAGAAAGAAAUGGCAGAGUUUGUUCGAGAAAGGAUAAAGAUUGAGGAGGAAUAUGCUAAGAACCUGUCCAAACUGUCUCAGAAUUCCUUGGCUGCUCAGGAAGAGGGCACACUAGGAGAGGCUUGGGCUCAGCUAAAGAAGAGUCUAGCUGAUGAAGCGGAGGUUCAUCUCAAAUUUUCUUCUAAG